GUUUACUCCCUUAAGCCUUCAAAUAAACAACCGUCUUUCCCAACACCGGGCUUCCUCUAACACCAAACUGUCUUUCAAAGCCAGUCCAUGAAGGGUAUUUCAUACACUGUGACUUAAAAGGCCAUUCGCCCCAAGUAUUUGCAGCUUCACACUUCUCUUGUGUAUCCCCUUUGGAACCCAAGAUGAGCGCCAGCAACGAGUCGUGGCAGGACAUACGGGAAGCGCUCAACCCUUAUAUCCGGCCAAGAGAAGAGGCGGCAUAUAUCAGGCGAGUGCUGGCGCUCCACCUUGAUUCCUGUGUCAAGGACGAUUCAGUGCGCAAUCCCCUGGCUCUCGUGGAAUCAACCCGUGGCGUCAAACUCCCUAAAGAGGCACGAGGAGUACACGAGGAGUAUCUGAAGGCUCUGAGUGCCAACAUCUCAGCGAGAGCCGAACAUGGUCGGGUGCUUGAGGACUUGGACCGGGCAACUGGGGCAAGAAGUACGCCUGCACCGGCGGCAUCAGAUCGCCUAGAGGAGCAUUUAGCGAGGAUCAAACUCCAGAAGAGGAAAGAGAAGCUUCAGGUCCUAGAGAAGUAUUUGGAUCUGCUCUGCCAUAAGCCUGUGGCCUCGCCGAACUUCCUGGAUCCCGAGGAGGUAUUCAUGGGCUCGCGUGCUCUGCCCUCCGUUCCGAAAGAAGUCGUCGACGGGCUUGCGCAACGGGAGACGACUGGAAAGACGGACUUGAAGGACCUUAUUGAUCGGUUGGAAAAGCAAGUCCUGCGGGCAAAACUACUAUUGAAGGGAGAGGAGCAACUUCUAGAGGACAUAAAGGCGCGAUCGACGGUCACGCCCGGAAAGAUCAGCGAGAGUGCCAAGCUGAGGGCUUUAAAUACGACGAGGGAUGAGCUGAUUAACUGGAUAGAGACCGAGUUGGCUAAGGCUUCCGGAGGGGAACCCAACGCUCUAGAUGGAAAUCCUGAAGGGAGCGGGUCCGUGGCUUACGACGGUGCUCAUGUCGAGGGGCAACUGGCAAGCAUCAAAGAGAAAUACGCACAGUAUCUGACUUCACGGAAAUCUCUGCUCCAGCUUGUCGGACAGCAACCACAGCCGGAAAUCCAGCCGCAGACUGAAACUCAGAAUCUAAAUUCGGCUGCCGCAGUGGCUCCAGGUCCACUCCCAGCUCCAGUUGAUUACCUCCUCACGCCGUAUCUCGAGAAACUCAUUGCUGUUGCUCACGAGCAGAAAGCCCUCAUCGGCCAGAAAUCCCAUCUCAACAUUGCCAUCGCGAAGCAGCUCAAGGACAACUGCCAGGCUCUCGACCACCUCGCGGAAGAGAGCCAUCUCCUACCAAGCUACCCGAUGCCCGGCGCAUCGAAACGCAAGCUAGGUUUUGGGGAUGCCUUGGUGGCCCCAGAGAGCCUCGACUCUUCGAGCAGAGUCAAGCCGUGGGUCUUCGCAGCCGAUUCGGCCAAGAUUGCAACCUUGGAGACCGUGGCGGAGAAGAUCGAGGAAGGCCAACUUGCACUCGAGAGCACAAUGAAGGCCCUAAAUGAGAUUGACCUCCUCCUGGGACGAGGGCCUGCAACCCGUACCAGUAGUCAUGAAGCGGCUGGGACCAACGACGACGAUAUAUGGCUAGCAGAAGGGGAACCGCCAGCCAAGCAGGGAAAAUCGAGGAAGCAUGCAGAGAAGCCAAGCCAGGCCAGCGAGGUCGACGAUAUAUGGUCUAUCCUGGAUGGCAAUCUGGGACUCCUGAGGUCUGAAAAUGAGCUCUCUUAAUUGUUGGCUAUUCACUACAAGUCACCAGGAAAAUGCAAGUCACGUAUCGCCGACGCUUUGCCAGCCCA